AUGUCUGCACAGAUAACGCCGCGGCAGGGUCCUCUGCCCGCUGUGGCUAUACAGCAGGCUCUCAUGCAACAACAACAACAACAACAGCAACAACAGCAGCCAUCUUUACCAGUACUGUUCCGCGUUGAAGUUGAAACGCGGCAAGGGUACGUGUACGAAGGGAAACUCAUCUCGCUGGAUGAUGAUUAUAACAUAAACCUCGCAGAGGCUACCUGUCGUCGUGAGCGAUUGUGUGAUAUUGAACGUGCGCUGCUGCAGGCAAAAGGGAUUCCCGCACCCCCGGCGAGUCCAGCAACACGCCGGCGUUAUUUGGGAUCUGUCUUUAUUCGCAGUAGCAAUUUGUUUAUGGUGCGAUUCCAACAAAGCGAGGAACCCGCUCUUCCUUCUUCUGCUGGUACUAGUAGUAGUAAUAAUAAUAAUAAUAGUAGUGCUAAUGCUGGUAAUGGUGCUGCUACGUUAAGAUCGGCAUUUAAGUCUAUGGCGUCUAAAGUAAAACGGCAGAUCAAUAUGGAACGGCAGAAGAAUCGUGUGGAGCGGCGACAGCGCAAACACUUAGCGAUAAAGACUUCACAGACAAAUAUGAUUAAAGGCGGAGUCGGGAAACUCACACGUGAGAAAGAGAAGGUGAAAUCUAAGAGGAUGGGAAAAACAAAAAGUGAAGUACCAUAA